AUGUAUAACACCAGAUCUCAGCCGUCCGAUGUUCUGGUCGGUAAGCUUUCAGAAUCCGUAUCAGGAAUCGAGCUUUCCAUGGAGCGAAAUCCUCUGUUGGGAGUGGAUACAACGAAUGUGUCUGCCGUGGUUAGAGCGAUUGAUAAUGCGAGCUGGUCGGUGUUUCAACAGGUUCCUUUCGCUGCGUGGGCCUUAAAAGCCGUUGGAAAAGAGGUGGACUUGGUCGACGAGUUUAUUUGGUAUCAUGACAUGCUCGCCACUCGGCUCUACAUACGUCUAAAACGCUGCGCAGAACGGAAUUCGAUUGCGCUUCAGCUUUUCACGGUGGGUCAGCUUGUACUUCAUCCAACUUGUACGCACGCUAAUUGUGCGCAGGCCACACCUUGCGUGAGCGCAUUCGCACGCUCGGUGAUAUUGAGCGGCCUUGGUUCACCGAAGGAUGGGGUCGUGGCCUCUGAUCUGGAGACCGACUUUAUCGUCCGACCACUCGCGCGUCUAUUUGCUCGUCCCGUUUACGAGUCCGUCGACAUCGAUGCGAUACUUGGAAUCUUGCAAGUACGAUACCAGCGCACCUAUCACCAACAGCGCGAAUUCGAUGCGGUGACAGAGUUCCGGACUGAUUUUUCGUUUUUCCACGGGCUUACAACCACCCAUCCAUCACCCGCCGCGUUUGCUUGUUUGAUUUCGAACGAAGACUUGAAACUGUUCGAAGAGAAUAUUCUCUUCGAUCUAGGAACGGACGAGUUGGGCCGGUCUUGGAAUCGUCGAUGUGGAGAAGUUGUGGAAUGCAUUCGAGUGCGUUCUGAACUUCUAGACGUUCUGGUUGAACUUGCUCUGCGGUUACACAAUCUGCGAAACUUUCAUGCUUCGACAGCCAUCACCUACGGUUUAAAGAUUGCCAUGCGUGGCGAAGAAGCGAUCCCGCGGAAGCUCUCUCGGAUCAUUGACGAGAGCGAAAAUUUCAGGAACUAUCGCGACGAGUUGAGGAGUAAGCCGGCGGUACCAUUUGUGCUUCCUUGUUUGGUAGAGCUUGAGCGCCUGAGACACAUUUCUGCGCAAUACCCUACAGAUUCUGCCAAAUACGAAGUUUGUAAAGAAAGGGCAAUCAACACCGCCCAUGAGUUGUUUACCUUCAUGUCAUACACUCCUUGUGUUCGGGAUACAGAAACAGCGGCCGACCCGUUUGUCAGUUCCUCUCACGGCGCUGACCCAAUCGAAUUUGGAACCAUCUUGGAGACUCGAUGUGAAGCCAUCUCCAGGCAGGACAAGGAAUACGAUGGUAUCAGGCAACCGUUGGGGAUGGUUCGCAUCUCGAGUAGCCUGCAGGCACGCCCUGCUGAAGGCAUCAGGGAGCAAGUCAGACGUGUUCUCAGAUCCUAUUUCUGCUUCUAA